CGAGCGAGGGCGAGCUGAGUAGCGCCCACGAUCGGCUACGAGUCUCUACGAGCGCGUACGAGCUUGCGUGUCGCACUCGCCGACGCUUCGGAGCCACGCGCCUCCUCCGAAAGCUCGCUACUUCAAUCUUUCCCCAGACUUUGCUUCGAUCUGGAGGAUUUUCGAUCGCGAAACGCUCGCGCGCUGGUGAUCAACGCGAUUCCGAGUUCGAACGUUGUCAAAGUUCGCGAGCUUCGUCGUUAACGUUCGAAAAUAUUCAACGUUUAGACGUAAUCGUUGAAAAAUUGUCAAAGUUCGCCGAUUCGAUCGGACGAUCGACCGCGAUCGUUCCCCGCGCCGAUCCGCGCUACGUUCUCGGUAUGACGAUCGACUCGACCGCCGAUCGCUCUCUUCCAAGAGGAUGAAUCGUUCCGUGAAGUUUCAAGAAGUGUACCGAGAUUCGUGGGUUCAUUGUAUCGUUAACAGAAGAAUCUAGUGAACGAAAGAUCUGCCUUGAAAGUUCACGGUUCCUCCCCAAGAAAAAAAAGUGAAAAGCUUCGGUACAAGGAAGAUCCAAGGAAGAUCCAGGUCCAAGGUUCACAGUUAAACUCGUACUCGUUUGAAGCAAGUCUCGUGUUCCUCUUCAUCCCCCGAAAGAGACCCGGAAAGGAAAUAUCUAGCGAAAGAGAUAAACGUUUCGAAGGAUCGUUGGUCGUGAUCCUCGAGAUAUGAUGACCCUCGUGACGGACGCGGUGUCCUACGCGUGUCAAUCGGCCGGUAGAUCGUCCUACGACUCGUACCGCCACCAUCACCUGCAGCUAUUGCACCACCCCCACCACAGUCACCACCAUCAUCACCGUUACCACCAUCGUUAUCAUCAUCACUAUCACCACCAUCAUCGACGUCGACGCGAGUACGCGUCCGGCGAGCAUCCGUCGAUCGACUACCUUCAAGGAUACCUGUCCGAGGGAAACGUGGACGAGGAAACGAGAAGCGUCGCCGAGGCGGCUGGGAACUCGCCGUUAGAGUCCACCAGCUCGCAGCGUUAUCGGUCACAGUCCUCCCGGUACGUUUUGGACUCCGACGACGCGUCGUCGGUCGUAUCGGUGGACGCAUCGGCCGAUCUCGAGUCUCCGUCAAUCGAGGCGGAGGAGAGCAACGAGGGUAACGAGUCGAACGAGCAGAAAGAGUUGAACGAAUCGAACGAGAGCGAGUCGAGCGAGCACGUGCCCCAUCCUCACGCAUUGGACGCUGCGACCUCGGCCCACGGGCCCCGCAGAUGUCUGCUUUGGGCCUGCAAAGCUUGCAAAAAGAAAACGGUCACCGUUGACCGAAGGAAAGCUGCGACCCUGAGGGAACGAAGACGAUUGAGAAAGGUGAACGAGGCGUUCGAGGUCCUGAAGAGACGAACGAGCAACAACCCGAACCAACGGCUACCGAAGGUGGAGAUCCUGCGAAACGCGAUCGAGUACAUCGAGGGUCUGGAGGCGUUGCUGCAAGGCAACAGAUCCACGGGUGCUCAAGAUCACGGUUUGACCAAGAACGCGGGGGCAGACUCGCCGCGAUACGUGACGGAGAGGCUCAGGCAGUUCUCGGACCCUUUGGCAAGGUUUCAACCCAUCAACGGGUUCGAGCAAACGGAGCCGCAGUCGCCGCAAAUCAGCGGGAGCAGCUUGGAUCGGCUGAACAUGAUCGUUCAGAGCAUCAAUGAUCCGUCGCGAUCGACCACCGAAACACAUCGAUACCCUUCGCAUCAAUGAGAACUACGAAAACCAGUAUUAAGAGGAUCGAAGAGCUUUUAUCGAUUGUUCCUGGACACGCCAAGUGGAUACCAAGUUCCUAAAUUCGCGCUCCAACGAUGGUCCGUCGGUCAGCGUUGGGCAAACUAUAAUCCACGUGAUUAACGAUUAACAAAUGAUCGGUAACAGGCCCUGUCGCAAGGAUGGACUAGCUGGGCCAGUUAGAAAAUAUUACUUAUUACUAGACCGCGGAUCUUUGUGCGUUCAUAGGAAAUUUGAAUGUGCAAGAAACUACAAAAUGCGAACAAUAUGGAAAAAUAUAAAAAAGAUUGAAAGUAAAGUUCAUGUUAUAGUAUUUGCAGAAAAUAAAAUAAAUUCCUAUUUAGGUUCAAUUUUUGUAAACACGUUUGCAAAGAUUUUAUUUUGCACAAAGAUCCGCAGUCUAGUCAUAACAUUAAAUAGUCAUAACUAGACUGCGGAUUUUGAUGCAUUUAUAGAAAACCUGAACGUGCAGGAAAGUAUAGAAUGGGCACAGUAGUCAAUAAUAUAAAAAAGAUUGAAAGUAGAGUUCACGUUAUAAUAUUUGGAGAAUAAAAUAAAUUCCUAUUUAGGUUCAAUUUUUGUAGGCACGUUUACAAAGAUUUUAUUUUGCAUAAAGAUCCGCGGUCUACUUAUUACUGAUUACAUUUAACGGGUUUUUUUAUUAACAUACCGAGAGAUCCUCUAGACGGAUGCGAGGACCUCCGAAUAGGUAAGUGACCUCUUGAUCUUCGAGGUCUUCGAGGUCGAACGAAUUAAUUCGUCGCUGCGGUUUCCCUCGAGCUCUCCUGUUUCAGGAGAGAAUCGCAGCGCGAGUCGAAACGCGCGUUAUAGACGAGAAAAUAAACGUGGCCGAGUAAAUCGUACUCCGUUAAGCUAUUCGCGCGACACCCCCGACGAAAUUUCGCGCAUUCGUACUUUCGUGUUCGCGAAUCUAAUCCUCCGUAAUCCUGUUUCUCUCUCGCGCGUGCGCGUACACAUGUAUACACACGGAUACAUUCAUCCGAGCUACACGACAAUAAAGAGCAUCGAAAUCGUUUAAACCGA